UGUUGGGUGGAUCGGAUGUGGGACCUGGCAGCCUCUUUGGGGCCUGGAGAAGCGUGUGUGGGGGAGCCGCAGACACCACAUGUCAAGUUUUUUCAGGUGCCGUGUCCAUUUGUUCCUCAUAGCCCACUGACAGGAAAAUCCAAGAAGAGGAAGGAUUUACGGAUAUCCUGUGUGUACAAGCCACCUGCGCCCAACCCCACACCCCCCCGGAACCUGGACUCCCGGACUUUCAUCACCAUUGGAGACCGAAACUUUGAGGUGGAGGCUGAUGACCUGGUGACCAUCUCAGAGCUAGGCCGUGGAGCUUAUGGGGUGGUGGAGAAGGUGCGGCAUGCCCAGAGUGGCACCAUCAUGGCUGUGAAGCGUAUCCGGGCCACCGUGAACUCCCAGGAGCAGAAGCGGCUGCUCAUGGACCUGGACAUCAACAUGCGCACAGUCGACUGCUUCUACACUGUCACCUUCUAUGGCGCCCUCUUUAGAGAGGGAGAUGUAUGGAUCUGCAUGGAGCUCAUGGACACAUCCCUGGACAAGUUCUACCGGAAAGUGCUGGAGAAAAACAUGACAAUUCCAGAGGACAUCCUGGGGGAGAUUGCUGUGUCUAUCGUGCGGGCCCUGGAGCACCUGCACAGCAAGCUGUCCGUGAUCCACAGAGACGUGAAGCCGUCCAACGUGCUGAUCAACAGGGAGGGCCACGUGAAGAUGUGCGACUUCGGCAUCAGCGGCUACCUGGUGGACUCUGUGGCGAAGACGAUGGAUGCUGGCUGCAAGCCCUACAUGGCUCCGGAGAGAAUCAACCCUGAGCUGAACCAGAAGGGCUACAACGUCAAGUCCGACGUCUGGAGUCUCGGCAUCACCAUGAUUGAGAUGGCCAUUCUGCGAUUCCCAUAUGAGUCCUGGGGGACCCCGUUCCAGCAGCUGAAGCAGGUGGUGGAGGAGCCAUCCCCUCAGCUCCCAGUGGAUCGUUUCUCCCCGGAGUUUGUGGACUUCACUGCCCAGUGCCUGAGGAAGAACCCUGCGGAGCGCAUGAGUUACCUGGAGCUGAUGGAGCACCCUUUCUUUACUUUGCACAAAACCAAGAAGACGGACAUUGCUGCCUUUGUGAAGGAGAUCCUGGGAGAGGACUCAUAGGGGGCUGGCCUGGGACCCCACUCUGGCCCUCCAGAACCCCAAAGCUCCCUCUGCUGGGGCAGUACAUGCCCACAGUCAUAAGCUACUGCCACCCUGGCCCUGGGUGUUCUGGGAGGAGUUGAGGGGCUGCUCCCACUCGGCUCUGCAACCAGCCGUUUGCCCCAAGUGCCAAAGAACCAGACCUCUGGGGCUCCCAGCUGGGCCCGUGUGCGACUCCUUAGUGCCUCUGCCCUGCUGCUCCGAGGACCCUGCAUCUCCACCCCAGACCCUGGACUUGGAGAGGCCUGGAUGUGCCUGCUGGGUGCUGCUUCCUGUUGCAGAGAAGGCAGCCCGUGCCCCCGUGGUCAAGGUCACGGCCUCCGCCCAGCCCUGGAUGACACCACGUUGUAUAUUUUUAUAUCUCAACUCAAUGGACUUUGCACACUCCGGCCCAGGGCGGAGGACACAGUAAGGGGAGGAGCCAUGUGAAUCCCUGAAAGACUCCCACAAGGGAGAUGCCUUGAGCCUCCGAGGCCUUCACCCCAGCAGGGCCUCCAAGGGGUGCACCAGUCACCUGGUCCCCACCUGCCACCUCUAAGGGUGUCUGCUCACCUGUUCUUUUUUUUUUUUUUUAAUUUAUCCUCUGUUGACUUUUGCUUUGUGGGGUUAGCUGUUUUUUUCUUGCAUGGUUUGGAGCUGCUCACUCUUCUACCACUUCCUGGGGCACCAGCAGGGGGAGACCUGUCUCUGCCCAGACUGGGUUCUAGAGGUGGGCCUAAGGUCUCUGCUCGGAGUGUGCCUGGAAGCUGUUCCCCACUCUCCUUGAGAGUGACCAGCUCCACUGGGAAUGUGGGUUUGCUUUGGUGUUGUUUAAAAAAAAAAAAGAAAAAACUUUUUUUUUUUCAGAAAGACCUGCCCAUCUCGCUCCUUUCCCCAGUGGGGCAGGUACCUUGUUGCUGUUUUAAUAAAAAAAAAAAAAAAGUGGGACAAA